GCAUACACGAACCGUAUUAUUAUAUAAACUGUCCAUUUAUCGUCUUUAUAUAUGUGUGUGUGUAGUGUGUGUAUAUAAAUAUAUGCAAUAUAUAGCUGCAAGGAAUCCACUAUUUUGUUGUAUUCUUUAUUCGCUGUAAAACAAAUUGUGCAAAACUUCGAAAUAUCGGAUGGAGAACCUUAUAACUCGAUUAGUUAGUCUGAAAAUAGGCAUAAUAAGGUGUAUUCAUGCAUGAUGCACCUUUAAAAUUCUAUUCAUCUAAUUGGUUUACAAAACUAAACUAAACAUGUCGUUAUUUAUCGGUUCAAAUUACAUGCUACCUUAAAUAAUUUGCACGGUACACAAUGGCAGAUAUUCAUUUAAUGGAUAUUUUUGCGGCUAAACUAUUUGUGUAUGAUUAAGAACGAAGUGGAAUAUGGACAUGUUACAUUUUAUUCAUUCUACAAAUAACAAGGGAGGUCAUUUCAUCGCCGCCACUCUCUGUGUAGUAUUGAGUAUAUUUCACCAAUGUUCGCCCUACCCUACGGGUGCCCCGCUUGUGGCGUGCCAAGAAAUGAGGCCGUACCAUCCGCCCACAACAACAUCUGGAGCACCUCCUUUUGCUAUUAAUCUAACAUCAUCAGUUUACAAACCUGGAUCUGAAAUUAAAGGUACUAUAUAUUCUCCGAGCGGGGUUGUUUUUCGUGGAUUUUUAAUACAAGCGAGAAAGGCCGAUAACUCAUCUACAACACCAUUUGGGGAGUUUAUUGUCACGGGAACAGAUACACAUACUAAUUGCGGUGAUGCAAAUAAACAAGGAUUGACACAUACUACCAACAGCAAUAAAACAAAAAUAGACUUCACCUGGAAAGCACCUAUGAGUUCACAAGGCGAUGUUCAUUUCAAGAUGACAAUAGUCGAGUCAUACAACGUCAGUCGAUAUUGGUUAAGUAUUUAUUCAAGCGUCGUACAAGACUGCAGUUUACAUCCGUCAAGCGAUUGUAACGAGAUAACUACCAAAAAGCCAACAACCAGGCCAGUUGAAACUACAGGCACUAGUCCAUCUGAAACGACAGGCACAGUGUCACCGAUCACCUCGACGCCGAAAGUCAUUACAACACAGACUCCGGGAAAGAAAAUACCAAACGACCCCGGUUGCGGCACAACAAAAGGAUGUUUCCCCGAUUGUUCUGGUGGCUGUGACUAUCUUGUCACGUGGCAACAGACACCACAAAAUGGAAUUAGAGGGGUGAACUUUGAUUUUCAAAUGAUGAUGAAAGACAUGGACAACGUCUGGAUUGCUAUAGGAUUUUCACCGACUGGAAAAAUGGACGAAACCAAUGUAAUAGCGUGUCUUUCAGGAAACGGCGUUACAGUAGAAUCUUCUCAUAAUGAAGGCUAUUCGAACGUUAUGUAUCAAAGUAAAACUAUGGGCCUUUCAAAUAUGCAAGGAACUGCUCGAGACGGGAAAAUAGCCUGUUCAUUUACUCGUGAAAUUUCAAUGAACGUAUCCGACUUUAUGAAUCUAAAAGACGAAGCAUAUCUUCUAGUAGGAACAGGACCAGUUGUAAACGGUAUAAAACAGCAGCACACGAAACUUCCAAAGGCGAGCUCCAGCAAAGUAAACUUUCUGUCCAACAAAGUUUCUAAAGAAUCGGAUUCAGCCACGCCUCUGAUUAAACUACACGGAUCACUAAUGGUUCUGGCAUGGGUCCUCUGUUCGAGUGUUGGCGUCGUGGUAGCUAGGCAUUGUAAAUCUAUGAUGCAGAGCAAAAUGUUGUGUGGCGUUAGAUAUUGGUUCGCGGUACAUAGGACACUGAUGUUUGUAGUGGUACUGUGUGUCGUUGUAGCUUUUGUUGCUAUAUUUUAUGAAGUUGGAGGGUUUAGCAAGAUAUCAGCAGAGCCAGGCAGAGAAUAUACAAAGGCACAUCCGUACCUUGGAAUAAUCGUCACAGCUUUUACACUACUAAAUCCAAUCAUGGCCUUCUUUCGUCCAUCGCCAGACCACAAAAAUCGACCAGUUUUUAACUGGGCACAUUUCAGUGUUGGAACAGCAGCGCACAUAAUUGCAGUUGUUACAAUCUUCUUUGGGAUCAAACUUAGCAAAGCAAAGGUUGACGAAUACGCUAUGUAUGUGAUGAUCAUCUAUUCCGUGAUUUUCGUGCUUGUCCAAUUUAUAUUAGAAGUUCAUAGACGGAGAAUCACUUCCACAGGUGCAGUUAAUUAUGGGAAAUUGAAUUCAAACAGUGUGAAAUAUGGAGCAGUAGCUAGUAUACAUAUGACUUCUACCAGAAAGGCACACAUUGACGAAUCUGAAGAAACUAAGGAGGAAACGAGCAAGUUUUCCAACGUAGUGUUGUUUGUGCACGCAAUUCUCAUGGUUGCAGCGGCCACAUUUCUUGUUUUGAAUAUAUGCAUUCCGUCACAUUUUCACGUAAAAUGAUAACCACACAAUUUGAAAAAAAUAUUGAUAAAAACACAAAAUAUUCUCAAAUAUUGAAAAUAUAAGAGAUCGCCUAUUUAUGAAAAAUAAACAAAGGAAUCUAACUGAAUCGUGAACAGAUUUGAUUUACUUUAAAUUGUUUCAAGAGAUUUUGUACAUAUCUGCAAAUACUCAGUAUUGUACAGAAUUCAUUAUACAGAGUUCAACAAAUGUUUUAGUUGUAUUUUUUGUUUGUUUGUUCUUUGUUCUAGACGUAACAGACGGCUUUGUAUACGUUUUAUUUUCUGCUUAUUUCAUGCUUUAUAUCAAAUUAUUGAAGUGCUGUUGAGGGGCAAGGAGCUGUUAAAGUAUUGGUAUACAAUGCACAUCAAAGCUUUAGACUGUGAUAAAUAUUGUUCAAGAUUUGUUUUAAGAUAGUGAUAGCAAACACUUGUAGCAGGCCACUGACUGUAGCAUUUUUGCUCUCCUUAAUUGUAUACAUUUGUCAUUGCAUGGUUACAGUCGUUUAGUAGAUACCGUUGCAGAAAAUUUGCCUGCUUUGGUCGCUAGUCGCGUACAGAAGAAAAUGCCAUUUUACAAGAAUGUAUUUAUAUGGGGAUUAAAGUUUAAUUAUGCUAUAAUAUUUAGAGACUUUAUUUGUAUGGUAUAAAAUACGCCCAGAAUCCUAAUACUUUAUACAUUCCUAUUAAACGAAAACUAUCGACAUUAUGUUAGAUAUUACACGAUUUAUUUAGUGAAAAAAACUGCUGCUCAGAACUUACACGAUUUUCACGUUUGAAUUACAAUUACUGACGAAUUCGAUUAUUUCUAUCAUUUCGUAAAGUAGGCGAAGUGCAAUUGAAAAUGACUCGGCGACCUGCAGCCAAACAUUUACAUGACAGUGAAGUUAUAAAUUGCUUCAGGUCUGGAUUUAUAUGAGUGUUUACGUAUUACCUGUCAUGCUAUAAGUUCAUCAUGACAGUAAAGUUAUAAACUGCUUCAGGUCUGGAUUUAUAUGAGUUUUUAAGUAUUACCUGUCAUGCUAUAAGUUCAUCAUGACAGUAAAGCUAAAAAUUACUUCAGGUCUGGAUUUAUAUGAGUUUUUAAGCAUUACCUGUUAUGCUAAACACUGACAUGACGGAUUAUAAUUUAAGCAAUAAAUUAUUGUGAAAAGUUUAUUUAGAUAUACCACAAGCUAAGGAAGUACAACAAAUUCAGACUUUUCAAAAUAUUUGUAAAACUGAAUAUAUGAUUUAAAACAGGAGUUUAUUCAUUGUCUCAUCUUUUAUUCCGAGGUUGAUAGUGUCUUAAUAAUCGUUUAUAAUAUAUGUAUUGUUUUAUUUUGUUAACGACAAUAAAAAUGCUGUCGAAUUUAAA